CGCUUGUCCGUGGUUAUGUAAGCCAGGCUGGUAUCGAGCCUACAUACCUUGAACACCACAAUCCGUGUACGAGAUCUACAUAUACAUGUGACACGAUGUUUUCAUAUGUGCUAGGAGUGGCAACACGAAUCCGUCACCUGGGGCGACCUAGUAGAUCAUCGCCAUACCGAUCGCAUCCUCGAACACCGGAAAUUCGAGAAACAUGUCUUCGGGCUGCCGAUUCAGAACCCCGAGUCCGAAAUAAUCAACGUUCAACGUUAACCUUGUCCAGUCUACGCUUCUCAAAAAUCCCAAAUUUUUUUGCACAAGACACGCUUGAACUCUGGAGACAUGUGGUUGUCUGAUGUGCAAACGUAGCCCUUACGACCUUCGGGACACUAUUCAUGUUCCUUGGUGUCAUGCUGUUCUUCGACGCUGCUUGCUAGCGCUAGGAAACAUACUCUUCUUGUCUGGACUGACCUUGAUUAUUGGCCCCCAAAAGACAUUCUACUUUUUCGCGCGAAAGCAGAAGCUGCGAGGAACAGCUUCAUUGGCGUAUUCAUUCAUUGGUUUCUUAAACCUGUUUGGCGACUUCUUCCCCGUGGUCGUGACAUUCCUGCGCCAAGUACCAUUCAUUGGCAACCUAUUGUCACUGCCAUACAUUCGACCUAUCGUGGAUCGUAUAGCGGGUUCAAGGACGUCGGCUGUGUGACACAUCAAACAGGCUCGCUCAACAUCAGAUACUCGGAAUUACAACGGCAUUUCACAAACAAUCGUCUCGACACAUGUACAUGAGAUAAUACCUGGGCGGUAUUGAAUACCUUAUACUAAUCGAGGGGGUGAUAAUAUACUCUUCCUCCAUCAUGAUCGAGACCCCCCCCACUUCUCAUGCGACCGCAAUCAAUUCGGCACGUACUAUUCAAUCAAUUAUUUUAGUCCCUUCCAAAUUUUCGCAAAUAGGAUCUCAAUUUGUGACACAGAAUGGAAUUUUCAGGGCCUCCACUUUUCCAAUUCAAUCCAAUUGUAUCAAGCAAAUUCUAUUAGAUUUCGAAUCUAGACAUGCAAUAGUUUAUAGAGUGAACAAUAU